AUGGCAAGCGCAGCAGAACAACAUGACCAUGAGAAGCUCACAAAUGGAGACCAAUCCUCCCCAGAACGGUCGGACCAUUUAGCCUCUGAGUUGCCGGACGAAGGCAGCACCCUCUACGACAAGAAAUGCAUUCUUAUUAACCGCGAGAUCGACGCAAUGGGAAUGGGACGAUACCAGUGGUACCUAUGGGCGCUAUGUGGUUUUGGCUAUAUGAUCGACUUGAUGUGGGCGCAGGCAUUUGGACUUGUGUUAUCGCCCAUGCAACAGGAGCUCGGCUUUGGAGUUGACCAAACUGGAAAUCUUUCGAUAGCAUUUUCCUCUGGACUUACCGCCGGAGCCUUUGUCUGGGGAGUCUUGGUUGAUAUCAUCGGUCGUCAGUGGGCCUUUAACCUCACUGUCUUCAUUGCUAGCGCUUUUGGGCUCUGCAUUGGCGCUCCAAGCACUUACAAUGCUAUCCUGGUCCUGACGGCAUUCACUGGAUUUGGAGUUGGCGGUAACAUCCCGAUUGACACGACGAUAACUCUUGAGUUCACACCACAAAACAGGCGGUACAUGCUCCCCCUCUUGUCAAUCUUUCAGCCCAUCGGUGUUGUCAUCUGCAGCGCGAUCGCGUACGGUUUCAUUCCAAAUUACUCCUGCAGUCCAAACUUUUCAGAGCCUGACCAUCUGCCAUCGUGUCACGGAGUAGGCCCCGGAGUAGCCUGCUGUACGAAGGAAAGCAACAUGGGUUGGCGAUACCUUCUCUUUACCUUGGGUGGAAUCACCCUCCUGGUCUUCUUUCUUCGCUUCGUCAUUUUCAACUUCCAGGAAUCACCAAAGUUCCUGCUAUAUCGCGGCAAUGACGCAAAGGCCAUCGAGGUCUUACACAACGUUGCGAAGUUCAACAAAACAGCCUGCACACUCACUUUAGAGCACCUCGAAGCCCUGGAACGCGAAUACGACUCGAUUCAUAGCAACAAACCCAUGCUUGGAGGUGGGGCGAAGCAACUCCAGACCACCUGGUCAGAGUCUCUGCAGUUAGAGGGCGAUCGAUUCAAAAUAUUGUUUUCAAACUUUCAAAUGGCUCGCCUCACCAUUUUGGUCUGGCUGACGUAUAUCUUCGACUAUUGGGGUUUCACCGUCGCUGGUUCAUUCCUACCGCAGAUUCUAGCAUACAAGAACGGUGCACUCAAUCUUUCGCUCCGCUACACUUACCGCUCCUAUCUAUACAUCUACUCCCCAGGCAUCAUCGCAGUUCUUCUCGGUGCAGCAUCCUAUCGCAUCCCCAGCGUCGGCCGCAAAUGGACUAUGGUCAUUUCAUCCGCCCUAAUGGGCGUCAGCAUCUUUCUAUUCAGUGCUGUGAACUCAGCCGCAUCGAACAUCGGCUUCAACGUCAUGGAGUAUUUUUUCCAGUCCAUGUUCAACGCUGUCUUGUAUGGCUGGACCCCAGAAGCGUUCCCAGCACCGAUUCGGGGUACGGCUUGUGGCAUUGCGAGUUUCUGGGGCAGGCUCUUUGGAAUCGUGAGCCCGAUUAUCGCGAAUCAUUUGUAUGCCGGGGCGCCGAAUGGCGAAAGGGACAUCAAUUCGGUUUUGUAUCUGGCUGGUGGCGUGAGUCUUGGGUGUGUAUUGACUACUGCGCUGCUACCCAAUAAGCUCGUGGGAAAGCAGAGCAUGUAA